AUGGACGACGACGUGCCGCCCCCGCCCCCGCCGCCCCCGCCUGAAACCAAGGAGCUACAAGAGGAGCCACACUGGCGGGACCGCCCCAUGGAGGCCUCGAAGCGAGCGGCGCCGGGUGACACGAUCAAGGAGUUGAGUGCACUACUUCAAGCGCUGGGAGCGGAGUCCCCGCGCGGCGACGCGGAGAGGGCGCAGGAGCCCCAGGCAGAGGUUGAGGCGACUGAAGAAGUCGAGGAAGAGCGUGGCCGCGGUGGGAGGUCCUCCGCCAGCCGUCGCGCAGCACCGGGGGACACUCUCCGGGAGGAGUUGCUGGUCAUGCGCCUGGGUGCCGACUCUGAGAAGGCUGCGCUGGAGCAUACCGGGCGCGGCCGACGCUAG